AGCUGCGGAGCUUGAGCAGGCGCAUUUGCGCGAGUGCCGGGAGGGGGCUGUUAUGGUUGCUGCGCUCCCGCUGAGCUUGGUGGUUUGUUUCUGGGGUCGCACGGAUAUGUCCAGGAAGGCUCUGUAGUGGGACUGUUAACGCAGAGCUGCUGAGAAGGAGAAUAGGGAUACGAAUAGUAUAUAUUGCUUAAAAUAGCUAGCCCAUGGCUCCUUUAAAGAAAGGGGACUUAAGCGAGGAGGAGAAAGAGCUGCUGGAAGUGGUUGGGAAAGGAAACACUGAAGAAGCUGCAAGGCUACUAGGCAACAAGAAUGUCCGGGUCAAUUGUUUGGAUGAGCAUGGUAUGACCCCUCUGAUGCAUGCAGCAUACAAAGGGAAAGUUGACAUGUGCAAAUUGUUGUUGCAACAUGGGGCUGAUGUAAACUGCAAUGAACAUGAACAUGGAUAUACUGCCUUGAUGUUUGCUGGGCUUUCAGGCAACAAAAAAAUCACCUGGAUUAUGUUGGAGGCUGGAGCCGAGACAGAUGUUGUCAACUCUGUGGGAAGGACUGCUGCUCAGAUGGCUGCCUUUGUAGGUCAGCAUGACUGUGUGACUGUUAUCAACAACUUCUUUCCUCGAAAAAAGCUAGACUACUACACAAAACCACAAGGAUUGGAUAAAGAACCAAGGCUUCCAGUUAAGUUAGCUGGGCCUCUGCAUAAGAUCAUCACAACUACUAAUUUGCAUCCUGUCAAGAUAGUGUUGUUAGUGAAAGAGAAUCCUCUCCUGGCUGAAGUUGAAGCGAUGCAAAAAUGCUACUAUGUGUUGGAUCUAAUUUGUGAGAAGUGCAUGAAGCAAAGAGAUAUGAACGAAGUACUGUCAAUGAAAAUGCAUUAUAUCAGCUGUAUUUUCCAGAGAUGUAUCCUUUUUCUUAAGGAACCUGAGCAUACUUUGGAUGGAUUAAUUAAAAGCCUACUAAAAGGCAGAGAUAAAGAUGGCUUUCCAGUAUAUCAAGAGAAACUCAUCAGAGAGUGUAUUCGAAAAUUUCCUUACUGUGAAGCUACAUUGCUCCAGCAGCUUGUGAGAAGCAUUGCUCCAGUUGAAAUUGGCUCUGAUCCUACAGCAUUCUCUGUACUCACACAAGCCAUUACUGGCCAAGUAGGCUUUGUGGAGGCUGAGUUUUGCACAACAUGCGGGGAAAAGGGAGCAGCCAAAAGAUGUUCGACAUGCAAAAUGGUGAUCUACUGUGAUCAGAACUGCCAGAAAAUGCACUGGUUUGCACACAAAAAAGUAUGCAAGAUGCUAAAAGAGGCCCAAGAAAAGCAGGAAAUAAAAGCUGCCAAUGAGAAAAAACGGCAAGAAAGAAAGCAAAAAAGAGAAGCUGUACAAGCAGCAGAAUCUAUUUCAAAUCAAGAACAGUUGGUCUCUGGAAACACUAAAGAGAGAGAACCAAAAUGUGAUGGGGAUAAAACUGAAGAAAUCAUUCCCAACAAGCAGAUACCUAUAUCACCAUUUUCACCUGACAAUCUCUCUGAAGAGUCUAAUUUAACAAAUACUGCUGUUGCAAAAGCUUAUGAAUCAGAGGAGUAAGUGAGGUCCAGCUGGAGAGAGAAACUUUUUGAAAAGAUGUGCUGUUUACUACAGUGUUGUGAAGCACAAGUCUACAGGGUGCAGUUGUGCUCACUCAAUCACAUAUGUUGUGAUUCAACAUAUGGCGACUUGCUUGUCCUGUAUAAUUGUGUCACACUAUCCUACAUUCUGAGGACAAGAGCUUAACCAUCUGGUCAAAAUCAGAAUAGCCUGUCCAUCUGUCUUUGUAGCUACACUGAGCAGAGUAGACUUUAAAUGUGUUUCGGCCACAGAGGCAUUCGCUUGCAAAAUGAAAACUUGUGUGUUGCAUUGAAAUAACUCAUGUUAUUAAAAUUUAUAUUGAGUCUCUUUGUACUAAAAUAAUAUAAAUGAAGUAAAUUAACAAUCAAACCCCUGUUAAACAAUGUGGCUUUGUCAUCUGAAAAGCAAAUACUGCAUUCUUCUGGAACUUCAACUAUAUAUUAAAAAUGAAUUUUGCUA